CGCGCGUCCCCUCCGGCCCCCGCCGUCUAUGGCGCAGCCCCCCUCCGUGGAUCAUGCACAGAAACUUUCGCAAGUGGAUUUUCUACGUGUCUCUCUGCUUCGGCGUCCUCUACGUGAAGCUCGGAGCACUGUCAUGGGUGGUGGCCUUGGGCGCCAACAUCAUCUGCAACAAGAUCCCUGGCCUGGCCCCGCGGCAGCGCGCCAUCUGCCAGAGCCGGCCCGAUGCCAUCAUCGUGAUCGGGGAGGGCGCGCAGAUGGGCAUCGAUGAGUGCCAGCACCAGUUCCGCUUCGGGCGCUGGAACUGCUCGGCCCUCGGUGAGCGGACCGUCUUCGGGCAGGAGCUCCGAGUAGGGAGCCGGGAGGCCGCCUUCACUUACGCCAUCACCGCGGCCGGUGUGGCCCACGCGGCCACGGCCGCCUGCAGCCAGGGCAAACUGAGCAACUGUGGCUGCGACCGCGAGAAGCAGGGCUACUACAACCAGGCCGAGGGCUGGAAGUGGGGCGGCUGCUCUGCUGACGUGCGCUAUGGCAUCGACUUCUCUCGGCGCUUCGUGGAUGCCCGCGAGAUCAAGAAGAACGCGCGGCGCCUCAUGAACCUGCACAACAAUGAGGCCGGCAGGAAGGUGCUGGAGGACCGCAUGAAGCUGGAGUGCAAGUGCCACGGUGUGUCAGGCUCCUGCACCACCAAGACCUGCUGGACCACGCUGCCUAAGUUCCGCGAGGUGGGCCACCUGCUCAAGGAGAAGUACAACGCCGCGGUGCAGGUGGAGGUGGUGCGCGCCAGCCGCCUGCGCCAGCCCACCUUCCUGCGCAUCAAGCAGCUGCGCAGCUACCAGAAGCCCAUGGAGACGGACCUGGUGUACAUCGAGAAGUCGCCCAACUACUGCGAGGAGGACGCGGCCACGGGCAGCGUGGGCACGCAGGGCCGCCUGUGCAACCGCACCUCGCCCGGCGCCGACGGCUGCGACACCAUGUGCUGCGGCCGCGGCUACAACACCCACCAGUACACCACGGUCGGGCAGUGCAACUGCAAGUUCCACUGGUGCUGCUUCGUCAAGUGCAACACCUGCAGCGAGCGCACCGAGGUCUUCACCUGCAAGUGAGGCCGCACGUCCUCGUCCCGCCGCUGUGCGGGCGGAGGUGGGUGAAGGCCGGAGCUCCAGGUGUGUGGGACGGCGGCGGGGCGAUGCCCUCGGCCCUCCUUCCUGCCACCCCUGCCGUCACACCCGGGGCAGGACAGCGCCCAGCUCCUGGGGAGAGGGCCAGGCCAUGGUACCAGUCCCUGGCAAGACAGCGAGUUUGUCGUCUUCCCGACAGGAAAGAGAAUCUCAAGGACACCCACCUGUCCCCGCAAGCAGAGGGGUGACGGACACUGGGGGUGUCCCCCACCUGCUGGCAGACAUGGAAGGGCCCUGACAGCCGGCCACACGCCAGCCUGGUGCCCAGGCCUCAUCC